UAAGCCACCUUGAACCAUGUCUUGUAAACAAAGUGAAACACAUGAUCACAUUUCAAGUUUGCUGACCCUCAGGCCAGCCAAUAGCUUCUACGCUAUUUUGCUAGCUAAAGCGUUGAGUGAGAUAGUUAGGCUAUUCACAAUAGUUCACUCAAAUAAAGUCAUGUUGUUUAGCUUAUACAAGUAUUCAGACCCCUUGACUUUUCCCCACAUUUUGUUACGUUACAGCCUUAUUCUAAAAUGGAUUAAAUAAAUCCACAUCAAUCUACAUACAAUAGCCCAAAAUGACAAAGCGAGAACAGGUUUUGAGACAUUUUUGCAAAUGUAUAAAAAACUAAAAAGAAAUAUCUUAUUUACAUUAGUAUUCAGAUCCUUUGCUAUGAGACUCAAAAUUGAGUUCAAGUACAUCCUGUUUCCAUUGGUCAUCAUUGAGAUGUUUCUAGAACUUGGGGGUCCACCUGUGGUAAAUGAUAUUAAUUGGACAUGAUUUGGAAAGGCACACACCUGUCUAUAUAAUGUCUUACAGUCAGAGCAAAAACCAAGCCAUUGAGGUAUAAUUAAUUGUCCGUAGGGCUCCGAGACAGUAUUGUGCCGAGGCACAGAUCUGGGGAAAGGUACCAAAAAAAGUCUGCAGCUUUGAUGGGCCCCAAGAACACAGUGGCCUCCAUGAUUCUUAAAUGGAAGAAGUUUGGAAUCACAAUGACUCUUCCUAGAGCUGGCCGCCCGGCCAAGCUGAGCAGUCGGGGAGAAGGGCCUUGGUCAGGGAGGUGACCAAGAACCCGAUGGUCACUCUGACAGAGCUCCAGAGUCCCUCUGUGGUGAUGGGAGAACCUUCCAUAAGGACAACCAUUUCUGCAACACUCCACCAAUCCGGCCUUCAUGGUAGAGUGGCCAGAUGGAAACCACUCCUCACUAAAAAGCACACAACAGCCCACUUGGAGUUUGCCAAAAGGCACCUAAAGGACUCUCAGACCAUGAGAAAGAAGAUUCUCUGGUCUGAUGAAACCAAGAUUGAACUCUUUGGCCUGAAUGCCAAGCGUUACUUCUGGAGGAAACCUGGCAGCAUCAUGCUGUGGGGAUGUUUUUCAGCGGCAGGGACUGGGAGACUAGUCAGGAUCGAGGGAAAGAUGAACGAAGCAAAGUACAGAGAGAUCCUUGAUGAAAACCUGCUCCAGAGUGCUUAGGACCUCAGACUGGGGCGAAGGUUAAUCUUCCAAAAGGAAAAUGACCCUAAGCACACAGCCAAGACAAUGCAGGAGUGUCUUCGGGACAAGUCUCUGAAUGUCCUUGAGUGGCCCAGCCAGAGCUCGGACUUGAACCCGAUCGAACAUCUCUGGAGAGACCUGAAAAUAGCUGUGCAGCGACGCUCCCCAUCCAACCUGACAGAGCUUGAGAAGAAUGGGAGAAACUCCCCAAAUACAGGUGUGCCAAGCUUGUAGCUUCACACAUAAGAAGACUUGAGGCUGUCAUCUCUGCCAAAGGUUAUUCAACAGAGUACUGAGUAAGGGGUUUGAAUUCUUAGGUAAAUGUGAUAUUUCUGUUUUUUAUUUUUAAUAAAUGUGCAAACAUUUCUAAAAACCUGUUUUUGCUUUGUCAUUAUGGGGUAUUGUAUGUAGAUUGAUGAGGGGAAAAAACAUUUGAUCCAUUUUAGAAUAAGGCUGUAGGUAACAAAAUGUCGUAAAAGUCAAGGGGUCUGAAUAUUUUCAGAAUGCACUGUAUGUAUAUCAAUAUUCCAAAGUUGAUAUGAUGAAUAUUGAUACUAUUAGCUAUAAAGUUAUCUCGUGAAUGGCUACUUUGUAACCGACUGUCCCAACGAUUUCUCUUGGGUGGAUUCUUCUUCUCCUCGCCCGACACUCCGUAACCUAGCAACGCGGGAGCAAGUGGAACCAAGAUGUUCAUCCGUGGAACAACGCUUUGCCGAUUGAAAUGGGGCCGCAUGAAGCAGGAAUGGUGACUGGGGAAAACAUUCUCUACCCUUCCUUAAUCAGUUCUCAGAAAAUACAUGUAAUAGUUUAAGUCGAGAAUCUAAUGACCAGCAGCCGACCUGUGACCCCGAGGAAGAUGCCAUGGAUGUGGGGAUGCACACCUUCAACCACACCCAUAUGAGAAAGGCAUUUCAGCUGAUGAAUGACAUGAGGAGUAAGAAUAUGCUGUGCGACGUUCUGUUGGUGGCAGGAAAUGUAGAGGUGACCGCUCACAAGUUGGUGCUAGCCUCCUGCAGCCCCUACUUCUGUGCCAUGUUCACAGGGGACAUGAGUGAGAGCAAAGCCCAGCAGGUGGAGAUCAGGGAUGUGGAUGGCCAAACACUAAAAAAACUGGUGGACUAUAUCUAUACAGCUAUGAUUGAAGUAACGGAGGACAACGUUCAGGUGCUCCUGCCUGCAGCCAGCCUCCUGCAGCUGAUGGACGUGAGGCAGGUGUGCUGCGAGUUCCUGCAGAGCCAGCUGCACCCCACCAACUGUCUGGGCAUUCAAGCCUUCGCCGACCUCCACACCUGCACACAGCUCCUCAACCAGUCCCAUGCCUACUCUGAGCAGCAUUUUUCCGAGGUGAUGCUGGGAGAGGAGUUUAUGGGCCUGUCUCUGCAGCAUGUGUGCGGUCUCAUAUCCAGCGACAAACUCACCGUGUCCACAGAGGAGAAGGUAUUUGAGGCCAUUGUUGCAUGGAUAAAGCACGACAAGGAGGCUCGUCUGGAGCACAUGCCAAAGCUGAUGGAGCACGUUCGUCUGCCACUACUGUCCAGAGAUUACCUAGUACAGAUAGUGGAGAAGGAGGCCUUGAUCAAGAACAACAACUCCUGUAAGGACUUCCUGAUCGAGGCCAUGAAGUACCACCUCCUACCCGCUGACCAGCGCCACCUCAUCAAGACCGACCGGACACGCCCACGCACGCCUAUCAGCAUGCCCAAGGUGAUGAUAGUGGUGGGUGGGCAGGCUCCUAAGGCCAUCCGUAGUGUGGAGUGCUAUGACUUCCAGGAGGACCGCUGGUACCAGGUGGCUGACCUGCCGUCCAGACGCUGUCGAGCAGGUGUGGUGUUCAUGGCAGGGAGGGUGUACGCUGUGGGAGGCUUCAACGGCUCGUUGCGGGUCAGGACGGUGGACAUGUACGACGGGAUGAGAGACCAGUGGACCACAGUUCCCAGCAUGCAAGAGCGGCGCAGCACUCUGGGGGCAGCCGUGCUGGGGGACCUGCUCUACGCUGUGGGGGGCUUCGACGGGAGCACAGGCCUGUCGUCAGUGGAGACCUACAGCUAUAAGACCAAUGAGUGGAUGUUUGUUGCUCCCAUGAACACGAGACGCAGUAGUGUCGGAGUGGGAGUGGUGGAUGGGAAGCUGUAUGCGGUGGGUGGCUACGACGGGGCGUCACGGCAGUGUCUCAGCACGGUGGAGGAGUACAACCCAGUCAGUAACCAGUGGGGCUACAUGGCUGACAUGAGCACCAGACGCAGCGGAGCAGGUGUUGGGGUGCUAAGUGGGCAGCUGUAUGCAGCAGGGGGUCAUGAUGGGCCCCUGGUGAGGAAGAGUGUGGAGGUGUACGACCCACCUAGUAACACCUGGAGACAGGUGUGUGACAUGAACAUGUGUCGGAGGAACGCUGGUGUGUGUGCUAUAAACGGACUGCUGUAUGUGAUUGGAGGAGACGACGGCUCUUGUAACCUCUCCUCAGUGGAGUAUUACAACCCUGCCACAGACAAGUGGAGCCUCAUACCCACCAACAUGAGAAACGGCCGAAGCUAUGCAGGUGUAUCCGUUAUAGACAAGCCUUUAUGACUAUCAGGCCCCGACGGCAGCAGGACCCCACAGCCACAGGUAGCAAUCAAAGGGAGCCACACAGACGUCUGAUUUCACAGUCAACUCCAUGGAGUAACACUAGCCUGACGGGUGGCUCAGGAGGGAGACCCCAGCCUGGACAGUGCUCUGUGGAGCUGCAGUCUCAGCCCUGUAACUGUAACUGCAUUCCUUCCAGGCAGAGUGGACUUGAGAGAGACAUUGGUUUCCAUGGUCAAAAUGACCCCAAGACUCAACAAAUCUGCCUGGAUCAGAGUGUCUUAAGACUGGAGGGGGCCUGUUUUCCUUCAGCCUCACAGGGGGCCAUUUAGCUACAUUAGUAUUAGGAGGGCCUCACUCCCCUCGGACUCCUUACAACUGAUCAGAGGGGGAAAUAAACUGGCCUUGUUUUAAGGGAUGGACUAAAUGAGCUAGGACCAAGAAGGUUGUUGAUUGGCCUGGGAAACUAGACUGCAGUCAGUCUGCGGUGUGGGACUGUGACCGUGCAGACACACAUUGUGCUAACACAGGCCUCUCAAACCAACAAUGAGCUCUGGCAGUGUUGUAGGACUUGAGUCUGACUCAAGUCCUGAUUUUUUUUUUGUAUUUGCACUUGGACUGGAUAGGCUACUAUAAUAAGGAGAAUAUUAGCAGCACUGGGUGCGCAGAGCAUCUUGGGUUCUGUUCUCUAGCAGUGGGAAGGACGUGCCACACACAGCCUACAUCAGCUGGUGAGCUGCGGGGGAGCAAGACCGGAAGGCAGGCGCCGCCUCCAAUCAUUGGCCGCUACACAUCGCGCAAGCAACUUUCUUGUUUCCCCAUAACCAUUAGUCACCAGCUUACUAUUUAGCUUUGCCUGGUUAAGAAACACAAACUGGUUUUUGAAAUGUAAAACAGUACUAGUGUUGAGUUUAAUAGUAAACAACAUUGUAGCUAUUUGUCUCUCUCUCUACCCUGAGGAUAGAGAAGUAAGUUGUCUUUGAAUUUGUCGUCUCGCUCUAGCCGCCCACUUUCCCCCCUGCAUCCCAUCGCCAGGGGUGUGUUCAUUACGGAAACUGUUUACUGUUUAAGAACCAGGGGUGUAUUCAUUACGGAAACUGUUUACUGUUUAAGAACCAGGGGUGUAUUCAUUACGGAAACUGUUUACUGUUUAAGAACCAGGGGUGUAUUCAUUACGGAAACUGUUUACUGUUUAAGAACCAGGGGUGUAUUCGUUACGGAAACCACUUACAGUUUAAGAACCAAAUGGAGAAAAGGAAACUGGGAGGGAAGUACCUGAAUUUGUCCAAUAGAAACUCUUGUUUGCGGUUUCCGUUUGGAGUAAAUUAUUUGGAAAAGUUUUGCAACAGAAUCGGUUUAAUGGUUAUACCUCUGGUUCUGACAAGUCUCCCUUUAGUUUUCAUUCUGCAAUAAAAAAACAAAUCAAAUAUCAGUGGGCAGUAGCUGAGAGCCUGACUUAAUUUAUGUAGUAAAUAAGUAGUGAAACACAGGUAUAGAGUAGAACUUGUGAGGUAGUGAUGAUUAGUAAGUGAGGUUUAUUUUCUUCAUGAGGGAGUGGUGAUAAUCAGCCAUUUGGUGGCAACUAGAAACAAUGGCUUAAUAAGACCUAUUAUAAAUUGAUGGACUAGUGACUUGACUCAUGACUUGAAUUUUACUCGGACUUCAGCCAUAGGGACUCGUGACUUGACUCGGACUCGAGCACAGGGGACUUGGGACUCGAGCACAGGGGACUUGGGACUCGAGCACAGGGGACUUGGGACUCGAGCACAGGGGACUUGGGACUCGAGGUUUAGUGACUCGACCACUGAUGUAGAAAUGCCCUGAUGAUCAGGUCAGUCUCUCUGUUCUCGAUUGGAGACCUAUGGACUGCAGGACUGCGGCACUAUGGUCACUACCAAGGUGAAACCAACAGGCUUUCACUGUCUGCAGCCUGAUUGGGCGCUCCCUUUUUAAUAUCACCUGUGCUACUGGUCUGAAGAACUCAGCAGGCAGACUGGAGGACCAACCUGGACCAGCAUUUACCAGGAGCCACAUGCCUCAAAUACAAUUUCCAAUUUUAAAUCGAUAUUGUAUUUUUUCGCAUAUUUAAAUGGGCUGCAAUGGGGCACCAUGUUAAUGUAGUGUUUUAAAUGCACUGUAAAGACAACUGCAAAGUGAUACCCAAGAUACACUCAGUCUUAACUUGGCGCGCUCUAUGUGCCAUACUGUUUUCAUAAUGUGUCUGGGGGUUUGUUCACAAACCUUGUCUCGCUCUGAAGGAGAAGUGCCAAAUUGAUGCAAAAACAACGUUAGACAAUGAACACCGUGUGUAAGAAUGAAUGCAUUAUCACCUUUUUGUUUUGUAUUAAGCUAAUUUACUGUAACAUGAGCAAAAUACUACUGUAUAACUUCUGGAUCAGGGCCAAUAAUUCUGGUUAACAUUAUUUCAAGCUCAGAACAUCUUUUACCAGGGUUGGGUUAAAUUCCAUUUCAAUUAAAUGUUCUCUUUUUGAAUAAUAAUGAAUCUCUUGACUUGAAGUGGAGUUGACCCCUACUGUCUUUUUCUACACCUAGCCUAAACUGUCAUUUUUUUCACUGAGAUUCUGGUAUUUUAAAUUAUUCUAUAUACUGCACAAUCUGUAGGUUUACUAUAGUUAGCCACCCCAGAGCAAUGUUGAAAUAUGCAGGACAUAUGCAACUUGUAUAAUGUUAAUAAGUAUAUUAAAUAUUUGAUCAAGGUCAGUGAAAUAUUUUCUAAGGUUUAUUGUGGAUAUUAAAUGAUAGUACCACCUUUAGAAUUCUUUUGAGCAUCAGUCCUCUGUUCAGGGAGUGGUUCCAUUUGGGUACAUGGUUACGGUGGUUCCAUUUGGGUACAUGGUUACGGUGGUUCCAUUUGGGUACAUGGUUACGGUGGUUGCAUUUGGGUACAUGGUUACGGUGGUUCCAUUUGGGUACAUGGUUACGGUGGUUGCAUUUGGGUACAUGGUUACGGUGGUUCCAUUACUGUACAUGGUUACGAUGGUUCCAUGAGGAUACAUGGUUGUGGUGGUUCUAUUUGGAAACGUGGUUGUGGUGGUUCUAUUUGGAAACGUGGUUAUGAUGGUUCUAUUUGGAAACGUGCUUAUGGUGGUUCUAUUUGGAAACGUGCUUAUGGUGGUUCUAUUUGGAAACGUGCUUAUGGUGGUUCUAUUUGGAAACGUGCUUAUGGUGGUUCUAUUUGGAAACGUGCUUAUGGUGGUUCUAUUUGGAAACGUGCUUAUGGUGGUUCUAUUUGGAAACGUGCUUAUGGUGGUUCUAUUUGGAAACGUGAUUAUGGUGGUUCUAUUUGGAAACUUGGUUAUGGUGGUUCUAUUUGGAAACGUGCUUAUGGUGGUUCUAUUUGGAAACGUGCUUAUGGUGGUUCUAUUUGGAAACGUGCUUAUGGUGGUUCCAUUUUUCAUUUGAAUUUCUAGAACAUUUGACUCUCUUCAUAGAACCAAGGUCCCUUCCAAAUCACCAUGAGCAGUUUUACUUUACACUUUCAAUGCUACUGAAAUGAACCUGGCUUUUUAUUAACUUUGGACUAUGCAGCUGACUGUGAGCCACCAUUGUAAGAUGUGGAUUGGUAGGAGGUGUGUGUGUGUGUGUGUGUGUGUGUGUGUGUGUGUGUGUGUGUGUGUGUGAUUCAGACUGGGAGUGUAUGAGGAUAACAUCUGUAGUUGUCAGUAACUUUAUUAGUGAAUGCCAUCAGCUCAGCAGCCAUGUUUGUGGCCUUGUACAUUACAUUUCAAGCCACUUGUCAUACGGAAUGUAGGGCUACUUUCUGUAUUGGUGGGAAUAGUAAUACACCGUAUAUUAUUACUAGCUAUCUACAGCAUGUCACUGACAAUCCUAGACUGAGCAGGGUCACAGGGGGAAGAUCUCAAUUGCAUACUCCGUGUCCUCUCUCCUUGUCUCCUUCUCAAAACCCAUUGGAUGAGAAAGCCAUAGGACCCUCCCCUCUGACCUUCUCAUCCAAUGGGAUUUGAGGAGAGAGGACGCAAGGAGUAUGCAAUUGAGAUCUUCCCAGGGUCCCUCUGGAGAGGUGUGGUCAGAGGUCAGAGCUGGACCACUCAGGGACCUGCACUGAGCCUGCAUAACAACACCAGCCUGGGUUUACAGACCAUGGGUGUCCAAAACCCUGUAUGGCCUUACUGCGUCCAUUCCACCCAACCUGUCCUCAUAUAUCUUCAGCUGCUCGGUUUAUGACCAAUAAAAAUGGCCUUGCAUUUUAA